ACUAACGUGACAGCGGCAGCGAGGAUGGACGAGCUCAUGUUACCUUACAAAAGCCGGCUCUGCAACGAGAAAACCGGUCGCGCUUUUGCAAGAGCAGGUUACGAGUCACUGUGUUGUAGGGGAUCCGUAUCGCUUCUUCUAAUCGGAGCAGACAUUGAAAGAUGAGUAAUAUUUUCAUUUAAACGGAAUCGCUGAUAUUGGCUCAGUCAAAAUUGAACGCAAUUGAUCACCUUUCACAUAUAUGAUACAGUUGCGCGUAAGCUCCUUCACAUCGCCCGCACGACCACGAUGGAGAUCCCCACCGCAAAUUCGAAGGGACCCCCGGGUGGGAGAGACUCCGAUGCUCUGAAACCUUUACGUCGCCAAAUGAUCACCGCGAGCAGAGUGGGCGCGGAGGCGCCGAGACCCACGUGGGGUGGACGUCUGGACUUCAUCCUGGCCUCGGUGGGGUACGCGGUGGGACUGGGCAACGUGUGGCGGUUCCCCUACCUGUGCUACAGCAGCGGCGGAGGUGCCUUCAUGGUCCCUUAUCUCACCAUGGUGAUCCUGUGUGGCAUUCCUCUGCUCUUCAUGGAGUUUUCUAUUGGGCAAUACACUCGCUUAGGGCCAGUGCAUGCUCUUGCCAAAAUCUGUCCCCUGUUAAAAGGCGUUGGCGUGGCCACGGUUGUUAUCUCCUUUGUGUUCUCCACGUACUACAACGUGCUCAUGAGCUGGGCUCUUUACUAUCUCUUCCACUCGUUCGGAUCGACCCUCCCCUGGAAGUCCUGCAACAACACGUGGAAUGAAGUCGGCAACUGUUCCAGCGGUUUCCCCGGCAACGGCACCCACCUGCAGUCGGCCAGCCAGCAGUUCUUUGAUCACAGAGUUCUGCAGAAAACCAAAGGCAUUGAAGAAUCUGGUGGCGUUCACUGGGAACUCUUCGGCUAUCUAAUUCUUUCCUGGGUCAUCGUGUAUUUAUGCAUAUUUAAAGGAGUCAAAUCAACCGGAAAGGUUGUGUAUUUCACUGCUGUAUUUCCGUACUUCAUCCUCAUCGCCUUGCUCAUUAAUAACGUGCAGCUUCCGGGGGCCGUGAAUGGCAUCCUCUACUUUGUGACACCUGUUUGGGGCAAACUGUUUGAAGUGAAGGUCUGGCUUAAUGCUGCUGCCCAGGUGUUUAACUCUGUCGGAAUAGCAUUUGGCUCCAUGAUUUCGAUGGCGAGUUACAACAAGUUCAACAACAACAUUCUCAGGGACUCUUUAAUUGUGUCAUUCACCAACUCCUUCACUAGCCUCCUGGCUGGCUUUGUGAUCUUCUCAGCUAUUGGCUACAUGGCUCACAUACACAACCUCCCAGUGGAAAACAUCGCAACAGAUGGUCCUGGUUUGGUGUUCGUUGUGUACCCAGAAGUCCUCUCCACCAUGCCGGUCUUUCAGCUGUGGGCCCCUCUGUUCUUCUUUAUGCUGCUGUGUCUGGGACUGGACAGCCAGUUUGCCACAGUUGAGGUGGCAAUAACCUUCAUAAAAGACGAGUUUGGUCCCCAAGUUCUGCGCUUCUUGAAGAGAGAGGAGCUGCUGACCCUGGUCAUGUGCAGCAUCGGCUUCCUCUUGGGAAUUCCUCAUGUAACCAAGGGAGGCAUCUAUGUGUUUCAGCUGAUGGACCACUACACUGCUGUGGUCUCACUCAUGUUCCUGGCUUUCUUCGAAGUUGUUGCUGUGUGCUGGAUCUUCGGUGUUCCACGGCUUUCCUCUAUAGUCAAGAGGAUGCAAGGAAACAAUCCUAACAUCUAUUUCCGUGUGUGUUGGCUGCUUCUCUCUCCUCUACUGGUGCUGUGCAUAUUGAUCUCCAGCAUCGUCUACUACACCCCGGCUCACUACGGAGAGUACUCGUACCCGGGCUGGGCCGAAGCUGUGGGCUGGUGCGUCUCACUGGUCUCCAUCAUCUGGAUCCCACUCGGAGCCAUUCAAGAGAUCAAAAGACACAAAGGCUCACUUCUGCAGCGACUUAAAACAGCCAUGAUUCCCACAAUCGACCUGGAUGCUGACGGUUCUUUGCCGGAAAAACAAAACCUGGAAAACCCAGAGCUGGAAACCACGUUUACUUUAGUGGCAUGACAAACAAGGUCUCUGCAUAGUGAACCCUGUGAAAAGUUUACAUUCAAGAGACUGUCGAGUGAUGGAACAACAUAUAUUUACACUGAGAUACACAAUCUUAUUCUAUUUGUUCUACCUUUACUUGCACUACUUUAGUGUGUAUUCAGCCUUCUGCACACAACGAGCUGCAUUUACCUUCAAUUACAUGAAACAAUAUGUCUUCCCGCUGCAAAGUGUCAAAUUAAUUUAAUCUGACACCCCCAAAUUUGAGUUAUGAUUACUUUCCCACUUUGAUUGAUUCGUCAGUAAAUGCCUGCUGUAUUCAGUGCUAUUUGCUAUUGCUCCGUGUAAAUAAGAGUGUGUUACGUAUCUAUGGUAGAUAAUUUAUCUGUCGACGAAUCCUUGCAGGCCAAGUCCAAUAUGUCACAAAAGGGCUGAAGAGAACUAUCCUGCUGGAAAAUCUCCUCCGCAUGCAGCCGGGGAAAGCAGCCUUUGGCCUCAGAUUGUGUCCACAACCAGUUAUCUCUGUUGCCUUCAGACCCCUUAGAGCGUUUUGUUUAAUCUAGCCUUCAGGCCAUCCUCUUCUAUUUGUAAAGUAUGUACUUUGUUUUGGCGGACACAACCUGGAAUGGCCGAAAUGAAGAAAACGGGCUUUGUGUAGAAACUAAACAAAGUUUAAGUCACUGUUAAGCCAUACCAAAUGAGAUGAGUACACUAAAGGCGUGUGCGUGCG